GUAAGCAAAGCAUAGAUCUAGUCAAAAUGUUAGUGAAAAUAUAUCGUGUCAGGCUGAAUAUCUGCAAACUAUGUUUAAUCUCACUUGUUGCAGGAACAUGGAUUUACUCAGUUUUCAAGAUAAAUUUUCCAGCGGACAAAGAAUAUUCCACUGAUGACGGCAAUCUAAAAGGCAGACAUCUAACAGUUCCUGACAACUCCAUGUAUAAAAGUAACAACAUGAAUGUAACAAAGUUAUUGAAUGACAAAUUUCUAAUUCGAAAUCACAGGAAAAAUUCCUUGUUUGAAAGCCCAAACAACUCACUGUUAAAAUCAGCAGAGGACCAUUCUAACGACAGACACACCGAAACGUCUAACAGUUCAUUACAGAAGAUUGAUCAAAACAAUGAAACAAAAUCAUUACGUGACACGUAUAGUUCAAAUAAUUUAGACCAAGUGAUGUCUAAUCCGGUAUAUCCACUGUUCCAGUCAGCAGAAGAGGAGGAAUUUCCGACAGCAGACAAGCAAGUACCAAGCAUUCCUCACAUUAUCCAUCAAAUGUACGCAGUCGAAAUGAUACCAGAAAUGUAUGUAAAGCUUGUAAAAUCUUUCAUAGAACUCAAUCCAACAUGGGAAUACCGAUUUUGGACAGACAAAUCUGGUCGUAGACUACUUCAAAAACACCAUCCAUAUCUUCUUAAGGUAUAUGACGAUUUUGGAAGUAAUGUUAAGCGGUCCGACCUACUUCGUUAUGCAGUUCUGUAUGAAUAUGGCGGAUUUUAUGCAGAUUUUGACGUGGAAAAUCUGCGACCCCUAAACCUAACUACAAUGAAAUACGCUUGUAUUGUUUCAGUUGAACCGUUUGAACACAGUAAUUUGUUACACAAUAUGGCCUUUGUUAUGAACAACGCAAUCAUGAGUUGCCGUGCAAAACAUCCGUUUUUUAAGCUGCUUUUAUCAGAUUUACAAUGGGCCGAUGCAACUGGUCAUCCAGUGGUAACCACAGGUCCCGUGUACGUUACAGACAAGUUUAUGCAGUACAACAACUUCGGCUUUGCAGAUGUUGCCAGGAACAAAACUGACUGGAUAAGCAAUUCUCCUUAUUUCUAUAAGGGAGAAAUGAAAGAGGAUGACAAUACCUCUGUAUACAUACCUAAUUCACAGUACUUCAUGGACAAUUUAGAUCCUAUGCAUCUAACAGAAGAUGGGGCAAUAACACAACAAUGUAAAAAUGUUGAAACAUUACCAUAUCUGAAACAAAGAGCGUGUACGGAGUUAAACAGACGGAAAGAUAUAAGAGAGAGAAAGAAAUAUACAUUUACCGUGCAUCAUUGGUAUCAUUUAUGGUUAAAGAAUAAUUCCACUGUUACUGGGCUGAAAAAGGUCAAUAUAAGUGAUAUUGUUUCAAACUGUAUUCUGUAUAAUGAAUGAAAUCUAAAUGUGAUAGCCACAUAUUACUGUUAUUUCCACAUACGUAUGUGUAAUAAGUUACACACGGAGUCAGACAUGUUUGUAGUACAUUUAAUAUACAGUAAAGUAAACUAACCCCUU